UUGUCUUAUCUGAAAAAGUGUAAAUGAAAAAAUGAAAAAGUGUGAAUUGCAUCGAUACUCGCGCGAAUUCUCGAAAUUUAUUGUUGUCGCUUUUCCAAUAUGUGUCGAUUGAUUCUCAUUCAGCGUUUACUUCGUGAACGGUUGUCAUUGCGUUGGAGAUCGCGUAUUUUGACUGUGUAUUGAUGGGUUAACAGUGUAAUAUUAAAUUUGUAAUUUGCAUAAAAUUAUAUAAUAUCAAAAAUUAUGUAGCGCGUGCUUGUUUUAUCUAGUAUAUUAAAAAAUGGGAACUCUUAAAAUAUCUAAUAAAUAACUAUUUUAUUCUUUUUUUUUAAACAUCAUGUUUUUCCGCAAUGGCGGAAUUUAUUUGAAUAUACUUGUCUAACGCGUCAUUUCUAUGUGUGCACAUAUGUGACAAUUUUAUAUCAGUAACAUGUGCCCAAAAGAAUGCGGAACACAUAUGCUUUAUGAAAUCAUUAAUUAUUCUCAUUGUACGGAAUAUGUAGACGACAGUUUUGCUACGCAAAUAGCAAAACAGAUGCGUGCAGUUUGUCAAUGCGCUUAACAAAUAGAACAUUAUUCAAUGGUAUGGUAUAUAAAUGUGGCUACUGCACUGUGCGGUACAACAUUCACAGUGUGAGUACCAGCAGCGCAAAAUUUCAACAUGAAGGCAACAAUGGUGUUUAUGGUCUUGGCUAUCGUGGUGUGCGCCAUGGUUCAGAAAUCCGAACAAUUUGACAUGCCUCAAUUGCCGAAUAUGCCCAACUUACCUAAUUUGCCGAUGCCUUCAAUGCCUAAGUUGCCGAUGCCUUCAAUGCCUAAGUUGCCGAGUCUACCUAAAUUGCCGAGUCUGCCUAAAUUGCCGAGUCUGCCUAAAUUGCCUUCAUUGUCAGAUAUGACUUCCAAAUUUAUACCUGAUUUAUCCAAUUUUGGUAUGUCGGAUAUAAAAAAUAUGAUCACGUCUGGUACGCUAUUUAAUCCGACGCAAUGGAUUAUGAAGUUGGUUCCCGAUAUACCAAAGAACGUCCAAAUAACGUGUGCGAUGGGCCUAACUGCAGAAACAUGUAAAUCGAUGAUUCCUGUACCUAUGCCGAUACCCGGAUUGGAUGUCACUAUGAAGAAUAUGCUGAGUAGUCCAUUCGAUCUGUCAAAUAUAGUUGGAAUAUCAGCUCAUCUACCAGGCAUUAAUCUGGCAGGCAUAAAAUGUUGUGCGGGUCUAGUAAAAUAAACAUCAUCACAAA